CGCCCCCGGCACCCCGCCCCGCGACUUGAAACGGCCGGGGCUGCGGCCGCCUGAGAGUCGCGCGCGGGGCGUGGGGCGGUGCUGAGGAGCCGAGCCUGAGGAGCCGAGCCUGAGGCACCGAGGCUGAGGCGAGCUAGACGCCGGGACUGUCCAAGGAGGCGCCGCGCGGCGGGAGCCCACAGCCAGAGCAGCCCCGGAGCAGAAGCAGCCGCCGCCGCAGUCCGCGGAGCCCAGCCGAACCGGCCAUGGCGUUGUCGAUGCCGCUGAACGGGUUGAAGGAGGAGGACAAAGAGCCCAUCAUCGAGCUCUUCGUCAAGGCUGGCAGUGAUGGUGAAAGCAUAGGAAACUGCCCCUUUUCCCAGAGGCUUUUCAUGAUUCUUUGGCUCAAAGGAGUUGUGUUUAGUGUCACAACUGUUGACCUGAAAAGGAAGCCUGCAGACCUGCAGAACUUGGCUCCGGGGACCCACCCACCAUUUAUAACUUUCAACAAUGAGGUCAAAACGGAUGUAAAUAAGAUUGAAGAAUUUCUUGAAGAAGUCUUAUGCCCCCCCAAGUACUUGAAGCUAUCACCAAAACACCCAGAAUCAAAUACUGCUGGAAUGGACAUCUUUGCCAAAUUCUCUGCAUAUAUCAAGAAUUCAAGACCAGAGACUAAUGAAGCAUUGGAGAGGGGUCUCUUGAAAACACUGCAGAAACUGGAUGAAUAUCUGAAUUCUCCCCUCCCUGAUGAAAUUGAUGAGAAUAGUAUGGAGGACGUUAAGUUUUCCACACGUAAAUUUCUGGAUGGCAAUGAAAUGACACUAGCUGAUUGCAACCUGCUGCCCAAACUGCACAUUGUCAAGGUGGUGGCCAAAAAAUAUCGCAACUUUGAUAUUCCAAAAGGAAUGACUGGCAUCUGGAGAUACUUAACUAACGCGUAUAGUAGGGAUGAGUUCACCAAUACCUGCCCCAGUGAUAAGGAGGUUGAAAUAGCAUAUAGCGAUGUAGCCAAAAGACUUACCAAAUAAAAUAGCACUUACGAGAGAGAUGUCUUCACAGCUUCCCCUGACUAAGAACAUGCUUUUCCUAACAGACUGCUCCUCUUCCUAUAAAGUAGAAACUUUAUUUUGCACAAACAUGCAGUUAUUCCAGAUUAGGAUAAAGGAUCAGCAAGGUAUAGUAGCCAUCUUUAAAUAUAUACUUCUAAGCAGUAUUAUUUUAAAAUUCUUUUCCCCUGCCUACCUCCCCUACCCCGUAUCCUCCUCUCCUCUAAUUUGGAGACACUCCAUCACAAACUUUUCACUUUAAAGGUAGUUUGCCAUUUCUCUAGAGCCCUCACCACUCUGUCCAUUCACUAUGUAUAGAUGGCAGAACUUCUGAGGUGCACUGUUUAACUGUUAAAAUAGUAACCAUGACCUCAUCAGUCAGGCCCAAACUGAUGUAUAAUGCAUGGUACAAGGAAUAUUUAUGUAAUUUUGGAAUUUUAUAAUAUUUAGUAAGAGUAUAUGAAAGGAUUGCUACUGUAUCAAAAUAUUCUGUUUCAAUUUAGUCUAUCCUGGAUAUGUACUAAAGGAUGUUACCACCAGAGAAGAGAGCCUUCUACAGAGAGUCACUACAGAUUUUGCUAUUUUACUUUGUACAUGAAUUUUUACUUUUGCCUAAAAGCAUUUAUCCUUCAUACCAAUUAUAACAUCUGACACUAUGUAGAAACUAAAAGUUUAGAGGGAGGAACCAUAUUUUCAAGAUCUUCCUUAAGCAUUUUAUGCAUAUAAGAGAAACCAGUGGACACCUGAUACUCUCCAUCUGAACAUGUUACUGGUUAUAUGUAUUUUGUCCAGUGCCAUUCAUUUGGAACAUUAUUGCUUUCUUCCUUUGUUUUAAAAAUGCUCCUUUUUUAGGUGAGCAUCAGCCUUGCUGUUUAUAGAUCUUUUGAGCAACACUACAUAAACUGAUAUUUCAUUUAUUUAGCUAUAGCAGUACAGUGACUAGUAAUGUAAAAAUUACCUAAGGAAAGUAGUGUGGGUUUGUCAAAAUAUCAAGUAGAAUUUUGUUUCUAAAGCAUAUUUAAUGUGGAUAAUCUAAAGAAUGCAUUAUCCAUCCUAUAUUAAAAACAAGGUAAAAUACACAGAUUACCAUUCCACCACCAUUUACUGUUAGACUUUGGAGAGAAGAUGGUUCACUCCUUUAGGACUGAAUUAUAGUUGUGAUGGUGACAACAUAUUUACUGCAGUUUUGCCUAAUCUCAAUCACUGCACUUCCUUCAAUUAAAUUUUUCUGCAGCCACAUUGAGGAAUAGCACUCUGCAUGUUUGUUUCUUAAAUUGAAGUCCUAAACCAGGAAUUAUUUGUGUUGUAACAAGGGAGGAUGAACUUGAUGAAAAUAAAACAAAAGUUUGCUAUGUAUUUAUUCAUUAAAAAAAAAAGACUUUCUAUGUACUACUGCAAAGACUGUGGUUGUGACUAUAAUGUUUUUGGUAAUUUUUAUACCUAACUUGUUUAAGAAACGCUAUUUCUCAUAGGCUGUUUUUGGAAAUUUUAAGUAUAUUGCUUUAAAAUGGCAAUGUUUUCUUCCCUAUGAUACGCUAACAUUUAGUAAGCACUGGCUUUAUGUAAGCAGCCUGAUUUUUAUAAGUAUUCUGCAUCUUUUAAGCCUAUCAGUAAUUAGUAUAGAAAGCAAUUAGUAGUUGAUAUAGAAAGAUAAGAAAAACUCCAUAUUGUAUCCAUUUGGCUCAGGGAGAUUUCUUUGCUUUACCUUCCUUAGAACUCCUUAUUGCUGAUCAAAAGUUUGGGUACCCACCUUUUUGUAAUACAAUAUUGGAUGAUGAUUUAUCUUGUUGCAGGAAGAAGCACUAUCAGAUUACAUAUUGAGACAUUCUAUAGCAGUAGCUUCCGUGGGUGAAUAUGUCACCUCUGUACCAGUACACAGACAGCCAUCUUCACUCAUCACUUACUCUAACAGUAGUGGUAAAUUGGCAUCAGGAAACAUUGAAUCUUGCCUCAUAGCUUUAAGCAUGAAAAAGAUUCAAGGGAAAGGGGGGUGUCUAUUUCAAGUGAAUGGUGGACUAAGUGGUGCAGAGUAGAGCACUAAUGAGGAAAGAGCUACAGUCCUCAAAACUGGGAUGAAAGACACAUUCUGAAACACAGUUAUGAAGUAUUUUCCACUUUGGAUAUUUAUUCUCUUCGUUGUCUUUCUUUUUUUUUUUUUAAUUUAUGCCAUGAUUACACUUGGCUGUCUCUCUAGAUGUCCAAGGAAGGCAGGGUCUAUCUGUUAUAAUUUUGAUGAAGGCAAAAUUAUUUUCCUCUGUUGCAAAAUUAGUUUCCUCUGUUAUUGCUUUAUCAGGGAAGUUAGAUGAGAUUGAGAUUGGCAAAUGGAUGAAAGUUAGUAAAAAAAAAAAAGAUGAUCUUAGAACAUGCUUUUUACCCCAUCUUAUAUUUGUGGGAAGACCAUAGCUUAAAAUCUUGGAAUAUUUGGGAUGUGAAAGUUUUCAUGGCAGUUCGUAUAGUGUAUAGGUUGACAUAAUAGAAAUCAUCUGAUGUUAUUUCUACAACUACUGAAUCAUUUCCCCUUUCAUUUAAACCCCUUUUCCCACUUAAACAAGGAGAUUAAAGUCUGAAUGGAAGAUUUUA